AUCGAAAAUGUGAGUCAGUUGGCCGCCACGCGCUGUCGGCGUCGCACGUAACGCCAUGUUUCGCGCAGUGUCAGUCGGCUGGAAGAAAUAUUGGUGGGGAACAGGAGUCUUGCCUGACAGAGCAAACAGAGUCGAAGAUAUUUAUCUGCGCUAUUACAACGGAAGUUCGUCGCACGAGUACAUAGACAUACCGCUCAGUCAAGCCGUCGACUUAUUCGACAUCAAAGGCUUCGACAGAAGUAAGGCUACAGUUCUCUAUAUCCAUGGCUUCAUCGAGACGGCUCAUCAGGAAAGUAUCAAGGUCAUGGUGAACGCAUACCUGGAGGCGAGACCAAACACAAAUGUGCUGCUCUUGGACUGGGCCAAUAUGGCGCACGGCUCAUAUCUAGUUAACGCAGCUAGAAACACCAAAAAGGUGGGAGCCACAACUGCUGAAUACAUUAACAAAUUAUCUGAGGCCGGUCUUCAGUUGGACAAACUUCAUUUAAUAGGCCACUCACUUGGCAGUCAUGUGGCUGGGUAUACAGCGCGCGAACUCAAAAACAAAUUUAAUAAAACUGUUAAAAGGCUAACAGCCCUGGAUCCGGCGUUCCCCGCGUUCUACCCGGACGGCGUAGUGAUGGAACACGUGUGUGAGCGAGACGCAGAAUUUGUGGACGUGAUCCACACGGACGCAGGUGGAUAUGGCGCGCCAGUGCGCACUGGCACCGCUGACUUCUGGCCCAACGGUGGCCGGCGAACACAGCCAGGCUGCCCCCGCUUCGCUCCCGUACCACUCUCCGAUGAUAAUUUAUGCAGCCACUGGCGUUCGUGGAGGUUCUACGCGGAAUCUGUACGAAACCCCGAGGCAUUCCCUGCCUCGCCCGCGGAUUCCUACCAGAAGUUCAAAGAGAACACUAAGCCUGAAGUAGGCAUGGUCUACAUGGGUGCAGAUUGUGAUCUAAGAGCAAAAGGUUCAUACUACUUAACAACAAACGCAUCGGAACCAUUUGGCAAAGGGAUGGAAGGGUUAUAUCCGAAACGCAAGACCAAUAAAAAGAAAUAAAAAGUUUAUGCAAAGUUUUAAGCGGUCAUAUAAAAGUGAGAUGGUGACAUGAGAGGGCACCACGGCAAACAUGUAUGGAUGGUGAAGUUAAGGACAUUUCACAAAUGAAAUAUUUAAUGGCACUGGCCCCCUCGAAAUGAUAAAAUAUUAAAUUUAAUGCUCAUCAGAGUCGCCGUACUAAAACAAAACUUAAGUUGAGCUUAAAAUUGCUGCAGAAGCAAUAAUCUUGAAGAUAUCAACGCAUUAAAACGCCGUUAGGGAACAUGUCUGAGCCUGAAUCACAUCGAAUAAGAAUACUCAUAAUUAUUAACCUUUCGCUAAGAUAAGCAGACUGUGUUCUUUUGUUGUCUGUAUGUCAUAGUGUGUUAGUUACUAUUUUAAAUGGAACAUUUUCGCUGUUUUCAAUAACAUUUAAAUAGAUCACUGGUAACUAAGCAUUUCACUUUAAAGCAUACACACACUUUAGCAGAGCCUGUUCCAUUGAAUUGUUGAAUGUAAUUAGGUGCUUUAAAAUAUUGCGUUAUAUGACCACAUUAAUUUAAGAAUUAGAAAAGAAGAAGAAAAUUAUGCACAUCUUAUUAAUAGACAAAUCAUGUUCUAUAUUAUGGCCUAAUAAUACAAAAAUAUAUUGUUCAAGUGAUUUAAAUUGUAUAUAACAAUUAUAUACAAUGUAUAAAUUUUAUGAAAUUGAAUGUGUUCGAAGAAAUCACUUAAUUUAUUGUAUUCGUGUAGUUGUAGAACAUAAUGUACCUGCACAUGUAGUAUGUAAGAAAACAAUUAUAAUUGUGUAACGUCCAUUCCUUAAAGAUGUGUGUAAUUAAUUUAACAUUUGACGAAUAUUGCGCAAUCUAAAUCACAAUCUGUUUUAAUACUUUCAUAGCAUUGUAAGAAAUUAUAAAAUAUUAUUUGGGCCUUUUAAGACAUAUCAUAUAUAUUUUGGCCAUGUGUGUAUAUUAUCACAUAUUGUAUAUUUUUAUGCGUACUUAAAUUUAAAUAUUUAUUCUUCUUCGUCUAUUUCCAUCGUUAUCUUAAAAAAAGUAGAAUAGUAAAUAGCUGUUAAUAUUGUUUUGUAAAUGCUAGAGAUGUUGAUAAAAAAAAGUUCUCAAAAUAUUUAUCCUGGAAAAAUAUAUUUCCCUUUAAUUAAAUUGUCAAAAUGUUAAGAUAAAUGUUAUUUACAGCACUUAAUGAAACGUAGGAAAGUUUUACAUUAUGACAAAUAUAAAAAAAACUACUUAUUAGAAGUAUCUUUUACAUAAAUAUUAAGCUAUAUUGAAAUUAUGUAUUCAUAAGUUUGUUUAAAAGCACUAUGAUGAUAAAUACUAGUGAUUACGUUGUGAAUUUAUAAUAUAAGUUUAUUUGUUGCUAUAUCGUGUUAUUUUAUUAUAUAACACAGUAAAAUGAUAAGGGACCAACUUAUGUGACUCAAUGGU